UGGGCAUUGGAUUCACACCAUUGAACACUUGGCUGACGCUCAGGAGUCACACUAUUUACAGACACUAUCGACUGAAGCACAUUAUAUGUCAUUGAUCGAGAGCAAAGAAUCAGUAUAUUAUGCAAGAAUCGGUCGAUUCAUUCAACAUCACAAUUUAUCCAAUAUAAAGAAAUCUGGCCUAAUAGAACACUGGACCCAAAUGCUUUAUCUAAAAUUAUUCAACGUUAAUAUUGAUCGCAGUGAAUAUAACGCGCAUACUUUUGCCUCUGACCAGUUUGAAAUGUCCCAGCUUGAAAAUUAU